ACCGUCUAGCGCGCAAGUUGUCGUUCGCAAGGCGUCGUUGACGUGUGGCCUUUCUUUUGCGUUCCUGCAUCUCGAAGACGCCUUCACACUUGUUUUUUUCGAAGAGUGUGGCACGUUACACCAUGAUGCUCGGUUUGUCGUUCUCCGCCUUGGGUAUCCUUGUCCCAGUUCUCCUCAUCGUUCAAGUGCUUAUCAGCUAUGUCCGCAACCCAUUGCGCAAGGUUCCCGCUGCACACCCACUGGCGCGUUUUACCUCAAUGUGGAUGCAUACAGUUCGCUGGCGGGGUAUCGAGAACGCGACAUUGAAAGCAGCUCACGAUCGCUUGGGCCCGAUUGUGUGUUUGGGUCCCAACGAGAUCAGCGUGAACUGCGUCAAAGGCGGGAUCAGAGAUGUCUAUGCCGGAAGUUUCGAGAAAAGCAGUGCCAAGGAUGGGUAUAAUUGGUAUGGUUUCUUUUCGAAUUAUGGAGGAGUUGACAACAUGUUUUCCACUGGCCGCAACAAGCCGCAUUCGCAGAGAAAGCGAAUGCUGAGCAACAUCUACAGCAAAUCAAACGUCGCUGCAAGCGAAGCGCUGUUAGGUCAAACGUCUGAAAUCCUCUAUAGACGCUUCUUGCCCUAUCUAGAGUCGACAUUUGCCGAGUCUGAGAAGGGCGUUCUGAACAUCUAUGCAUUGCUCAGCGCAACGACGAUGGACAUUGUGACGUGUUUCAUUUUCGGGCUCAAGGCAGGCUCGAACCUAAUCGAUGACCGAAAGCAGCUCGCAUGGUUUUUGGAAUUGUACAAUUCACGACGAUCCUACAACUUCUGGCCACAGGAGUUCCCGCGAUUUACUAGCUUCGUGGAGAAAUGGCUAGGCUACCGACUGACGCCAAAGUGGGUCGAUGAGGCAAACGGUGAGAUCGAGAAGUGGACGGCGAGUAUGUGCGAUGAUGCUGGUGCUGUCUCGACAGUAGGCGACGCACGGACUGAGGACCGGCCUGUGGUGUACCAACAGCUUCAAAACAGUAUGGCAAAAGCGACGAAGGGGGUCGGGGACGACACACUACAGACUCAGAUUGCGAGCGAGGUGUUGGACCAUCUUGCGGCAGGGUUUGACACGUCUGGGAUAACACUGGUCUAUGUUGUUCAUGAGCUCUCGCGACACUUGGAGGUUCAGGCCCGUCUCCGGGCUGAACUGCUCGGUCUAUCACCGCAGCCUGUACCUUCGUCCGCACCAAAGCUGCCGGACGCGAAGACUGUAGACAACCUACCCUUCUUACAUGCAGUCAUCUGGGAGACGCUCCGUCUCCACUCAGCCAUCCCCGGCCCACAACCACGGUUCACGCCACAGCAAGGCUGUCAACUCGGCCCUGAAGAGGCGUCGUACCAUAUUCCAGGUGGGGUAAGAGUGAGUGCAAGCGCAGGCCUAUUGCACCUCAAUGAGGAAGUGUUCGAGCGCGCAAACGAGUGGAGGCCAGAGCGGUGGCUGGACUUGGACAAGCUAGACGAGGAGAAACGGAAGGAUAUGGAGAGCCGAUGGUUUUGGGCCUUUGGAAGUGGCGGACGCAUGUGCGUUGGAAGUCACUUGGCGAUAUAUCAGAUGAAGUACAUCAUUGCUGUGCUGUAUUCAAAUUACAGCACCACGAUCGUUGAUGACGCAGGUAUCGAGCAGAUAGAUUCGUAUACUGCACCGCCCAAGAGCGACAAGCUCCUGGUAAGACUUGAGAAGAUGGUGUAGUAACGAAGCUUGCGUGGCUGGAGGCUGUUACCUCAAUUGUUAGACAUGUUUGGACCCUGAUCUCCAAGGCCGAAGAAGGAAGGAAGCAACUGCCCCGCCGCACGUGCGGCCAUAUCUUAGCGGAAGUCGCAAUGGGAAAAGCAUGUACAUUGCCGGUAACCGUACGGCGAAUUUUGAGUGUGGCCGGUUCACGCCGCUGAAGACGCGAACCAUGGUAGAGCUGUGGGAGCUACACACUAUCAAGCCAAUCAACAACCAUAGAUGUAUGCGCUACGUGGAGAACGCUGCAUGAAAAUUCUGAGGAGGCGGUGAACUCAUGUUCAUCGUGCUGUGAAGACACAAGCACUUGAAGAGGCGUCUGUCAGUGCUCCGGUAUGCUUCUUGUUUCAUCAGGACGAGAUGGGAGUCUGCUUGUUGAUCUGCUUCUUCAGU